CAGUCUGAACUUUUCAUGAUCUUGAAUGGGGAGAGUGAUACAUUAGCAGUGAUAAUAAAAUAAUGGCUCUGGAAGCCUUAUUUCGUGAUUGAAACAAGAAAAUACAAUAAGUUUCUAACAAAUGAUAAGAAAAGUGACGAUUAAAGUGAAAACAGUGAAAAGAUCUACCUGAAAACACCUUAAAACUGCCACAAAACAUAACCAUAUUUUACCAAAACAAUGCUUGGAUUUUCACGAGUUUUGGUAAACAAAAUCCGGUAUCGCGUGAUGAUUGAGGUUUGAAAAGCUGUUGGAAUAAUAACGCCGACAGGUCAAAACGGUUAUUAGACUGGCCAGAUCAAUGCAAGAGGAGCUCUACCUAGCGUCUAAAUUAAGCGCAUUUAGUAACUUUAAAAAGGUGAAACUUGAACCCACGAGUGAGUAUGUAGUCAACCAGCGACGCUUGAGCCCAUCCAUCUUUACAGACGGACAGAAAAACGCAUACAUCUUCCCUCAGGCCCGGAAUGAGUCGGGGGAAUUUCAUAAACACACACUUAACGCCAAUUACUUGUCAGCGUCAAACCUCAAUCUAUUGUUGGAUAACGCAGCAAACUCUUCCAACGUGGCUAGUGUAUAUAAAAGGUGUGGCAUUAAACGAAAACGAGGCGAAUUAAAUAAUCUAGAUCUACAGAUGCAGUUAACACUGACGGAAGCGACUGCGAUCUCAAGUGAAGAUGACAAUGGAAACACUACGACCACCACUUCCAAAACCACAAGUUCCUCGAAUAACGAGGGUGACUACACCCUGGUUCAGCACGAGGUCUUGUAUUCAAUGACAAAUUCCUACGAGGUUUUGGAGUUUCUUGGACGCGGGACGUUCGGGCAAGUUGUCAAGUGUUGGAAGAAGGGAACCAAUGAAAUCGUAGCAAUAAAAAUUUUGAAAAAUCAUCCCUCAUAUGCACGUCAAGGUCAGAUUGAAGUGAAUAUUUUGUCACGAUUAAGCCAGGAAAAUGCAGACGAGUUUAAUUUUGUGCGGGCACAUGAGUGCUUUCAACAUAAAAGUCACACGUGCCUGGUGUUUGAAAUGCUUGAGCAGAAUUUGUAUGAUUUCUUGAAACAUAACAAGUUCCAACCGUUACCAUUAAAAUAUAUCCGUCCCAUCACUCAGCAAGUGCUAACAGCUUUACUGAAAUUGAAAAAUUUAGGAUUAAUUCAUGCGGAUCUUAAACCUGAAAACAUUAUGUUAGUGGACCCGGUGCGGUUUCCGUACAGGGUCAAGGUCAUCGACUUUGGAUCUGCGAGUCAUGUCUCAAAAGCUGUUUGUUCAACUUAUCUACAGUCAAGAUAUUAUAGGGCACCAGAAAUUCUGCUAGGUUUGCCAUUUUGUGAGUCUAUAGACAUGUGGUCACUGGGAUGUGUGAUAGCGGAAUUAUUCCUCGGCUGGCCACUGUACCCAGGUUCCUCCGAGUAUGAUCAGAUUCGCUACAUUUCACAGACUCAGGGCCUACCCGCAGAACAUAUGUUGAGUAACGCCACAAAAACGACACGGUUCUUCAUACGUGAAAACACAGACAGUAAUUACCCUUUCUGGAGAUUAAAGACACCAGAAGAGCAUGAGUUAGAAACAAAAAUCAAAUCAAAAGAAGCCAGAAAAUACAUCUUUAAUUGUAUUGAUGAUAUGGCGCAGAUUAAUGUGCCAACAGAUUUAGAAGGCAGUGAGUUGUUAGCGGAGCAAGUUGACCGACGGGAGAGAGUUUUUCAUGACACUUCUCCCAUUUGUAUUUAUAGUGUGAAACAGAAUGUGCAAGCUAUGGAAGUGUGUCGUCGACCAAUCAAAUCACUGUAUGACGUGAACCAAAACUCUGGUUCCCUGGUGCCAAACUUUGUCCCGGCGUCCACUAACAACCUUACUGUGACCUUCAAUAAUCAAAUGAAUGCCUUACAUUCUCAGAAUGGUCAUACAACGGGUACAGAAAUACAGUAUUUGCCGUAUCCCAUGUCUCGAACCUACCUACCAUAUCAGAGUCAGCACUUGAAUCAGGCGUUACCAGCGCAGCGAGGAAGUACGCAGUUCAGUCGGACAGAUCCUUUCACGCAGUCGCUAUGUGUGUCAUCUAUAGUGGUUCCUGGAUUACAAGGUUUAAAUUCACCUACCAGGUAUAAUCCGGUUCCCAUGGUAACACAGGCUGGUCCCACGCUACAGAUACAGCCUCAACUGAUAACCCAGAGUGCCCCGAUGAGUGGAUGGCCGGCCACACAGCAGGUACUGGUAGGGCCAUUUCAACAGAUACCCGGUCUCACUGCAGCUGCUGCCGCAGCCACAAACCAGCGACCUGUUACCCAACAGAUCCUACCGGAGAACUUGGCUCAUCAGCAGAUGCUGUCAGAUAAUUGGAGGCAGUCAAUAGUGCUGGACGGGUUUGAUCAGACGUCCUUGGCUCAGCUGGGUGCCCAGCCACAAGCCUGGAAUCUAGGUAUGGUGCCGUUUGGAUUGGCAUCAAACAGACAUGGUUCUUCACAGACUAGUAAAAGACAGCCAAAACAGAGAGUAACAAAGGAGCAGGCCUCCACUCAACUCUCGCCAGUAAAGAAACGGGUCAAAGAAAACACGCCUCCACAGAGUAACCAUGGAAACCACAAUGCGAGGGCACCUGUUGUGCAGGCUGACACACUGGUGCCGGCGACAUGGGCAGAAACGCUGCCGACAGUGAAGUAUACCGGGUCCAGACGGGACCAUCGACAGACGAUUGUGAUCGCGGAUUCACCGAGUCCGUCGGUCAGCGUAAUUACGAUAAGUUCUGACAGUGAGGAAGACGAAGACACAAAAGUUAUACGAAGACAACAAAAAGAGAAACAAGCCGGACAACAGUUCAUGUCAGAUCCAGGGCUGCUGGAGAGUGCGUUAGGAGAAAGUUUCGGUACGUCAUCCAACAGGAAGAACGUUAUAACAAACAAUGUGUCAGCGGAAAACUUGAGCUCAAAACAGGUCAUGCUUACACCUAUUAAACACGAGGACAUCGAGAGUAAUAUGUUGAACGAUGCCUACUUGUUCGGAAGUCAGCUUGGAGUCACCGUCGAUGAGACGGCGGCACUCAUUCCGCCGAAUUUACGCGUUAAUUCUUCGCGGAAAGAGCCAAGACAUGCACAUUCGAACAAUGAUAAAGUUUCGAACCAGGCAUCAAGUACUAAACAGAACACUCUGACCACAAGCCAUCAUAUGGCUGAUAAAUACAAGGAUAAUAGUCCUCGGAUAGAUAUGAGAUUAACGCAGGAUCUGGAAAAGACCAUGUUGGCCGCACAAGGGAAACUGGCGUAUGUGUCGCCGACGGUGAGACAGAGUAAUAACCUAAACAGACAUACGUUCCACGGGUCUACAAGUCAGAGCCAGAAACAGGUUUCCAGUGGAGGAAACUUAGGUUUUGUGUCUCGGCAGGCUGGGGGUAGUAUGUCACAACUGUCCCCAGCACAACCACAGCUGCAGCUUGGGCAACCAACUGUGUUACUGAACCCCGCAUCGCAGGUGGAUCUUCACAGAGAUUACAGAAGACGACAAGCGAGUCCAAUACACCACUAUCUGGUUCCGGCUCAUCAACAGCCACAAGUUGGACUCCCAGCAGGUCUUGGUCAGUUUGGACCGUUCUCUCCCGCAAUAGCUCCACCACCGGCUCAUCAGAGUCCGCGGCACGUUCAGUACGCAGCUCAUCCGUUGCCGGCUCACGUUCAUCCAGUACUGCAGACGACAUCCAUACCUGGGACCUACCAUUCACAGUUACCACAGUACCCUACGUUAAGUACGGCUACGACGGGACUUUACACCUCGUAUCAGAUGUCUCCAGCUAAAGCAAGACCAUAUCAAUACUUUGCAGGUUAAAAAUACACGUUUUUUAACUGAAGUUUGCAACAUGCACGUAAUUGCCAGUUGUUAACUUGGCGCUGGCCUGUUUUUUGCCAGAUGAAAAAGAUCGUUAGUCAAAAUGAACGGUACUAUGAAGGAACAUUUUUCUGCAUGUUAACUGAAUUUAGAGUUGGAAGAUGCGUAAUGGAAGUAUAGAAAUGGGGGCGUUGGCGACGUCACAUGACAUAUUUUUAUCAUGAUGUUAUCUAGCGAUGUGUUUUCACUUUAUUUUAUUCAAAUCUAAUUAUAGAUAUUGUGGUACUGGUGUGUUAUAUGUAAACUUUAUACCUUUAUAGAGCUAAACUUAUGAAUAUCACUGCCCAAGAUACGCACUUGAUGUAAAGAUGGUAACGUGAAAAUAAAUUUGGCAAUAUGUAUUUUAUGAUUAUUCUUGGUAAGGAGGCUUGACAUUUUUCAGCAUUGUAGUUUUGUACUUAUUGCAUUUGUGAUGGUAAAUAUUUAUACAUUUUUCCCCUGUCAUGUGAUAAAUGAUGUAGUUAUGCGUGCAUUGACUAUUAAUCAAGGCGAAUAAUGUUGUUUUAAUAGUUUUAGACGUACGAAAAAAUAAUAUUUAGUAAAAUUUUUGAGUGGGAAUUCUGUGAUUUAUAUAAUAUUGUAGUCUGUCUCAAGAAUGACUGGAAAUUUAACGAGGGUUAAGAAAAGUUAACGUCAGUUACGAACUGAAUUUAGGGAAAAAAAUUGACUUGAAAAUGAGUAUAGUGACCCACCUAUUUAACUUGACGUGCUUGACAUAUUAAGCUUGUUGUGUAACGGCAGGGGUCGAACGAUGAUUUUGUUACGUAGUUUUUGAAGUUUUGAUUUUUUUCACUUCUUUUCCUUGAGUCUAUUUUUGUUUGCAUUAAAUUAGUUUUUAGCUUGCAUGUAUUAAUUAGGUGUGUAGAUUGUUUAAUCCAGAUUUUAGCUUUCGAUGAACACGCUUGCGGUGGUUUUAAUUUUUUUCUCUUGACAAUUAGUUUUAAAUCAUUGUGUGGAUUUUUGUUUUUUAAUGAAUGACAUUUAUGUCUUUUGUUUCAUUUUGCGAUUUUU